AUGAUUAUUCUGACUGCGGUAGCUACUUCAUCUUACUUCUCGGGGGGGGAGGGGGGGGCAGCAUCAUUUGAGCCAUUCAUUAUCUUUGCUGCAGGAAACAGCGGAAUCGAUCUUGAUGAAGACGAAGUUAGAUUAUCAUCUUAUCUUCCCUCCGCCAUUCGAAAAAAGGACGCUGUACAAGGAAAAUUUCAAAGCAAAAAGAAAAAACUGCUCGAAGCCAUCGCUCCGAAAAACAUCUCUGUUCGGAAGAAGAGAUACCGAUUUGCCGUACCAAGAGUAGACGAACUCACACCGCCAAGAAAAGGGCUAUAUUCCAGUGGUCCAGUUCAUUCUUUGUUGUUCAUAAGUCCUCUCGGUGAGUCUGUAAGAGGUCUCUGGAAAUGA